UUCGUUUUUAUUGAAUAAGCCAACCAUUUCAAGUGAUCAACAUAAGAAUAUAAUAUUUAUUUCCUGACUCGAGAGGAUACGCCAUAGACUGUAGAAAGACGCCAAGUCUUCCUUUCUGUCUGAAAGUGAAGUCGCACCAUAAAGACCGAGGCUGUGUUUGAGAGCAACAAAACCGUGUUGUAUCAUGGGUAGAGUGUGACUGCCUGAUCUACAAAUAAUGAGUCAUUAUGGUGUAAGGUGAUUUGCAGAUUAUGUUAAUAAAGUCUGAUUUAAAAAACAUACGACAGCAAAGAUUUUUAUAACUAAACCAAGACAGACCACAGCCUCUCGUUUCCAAUAGAAACAAAUGAGUCAUAGUGGGCAGAACAAGCAAGGAGGUGGGCAGAGCCAGCGAGAUCCUAUUUGCCUGUUCUAGCAGACGUCUGCAUAUUUCCGUUAGGGAACGCACAAUCUGUGAAGCGCGCGUGUGCAAUAACGCAAUUCGCCUUUGCACACUCUCUAAGCAACGCGAUUUUAUUUUUGCAAAUGUUAAAGUCUAAAAUACUUAAUCCACUCUGUUUAAAACAGAUUCUAGUUUUGGGAACAGAAAGCUGUAUUGAGAUCAAAUGUUUAAUCGAUGAGAAAUCCAUCUCCUUCCAUCUUCUCCCACUGCUUGCUACUAGGCUUCCUCUCACUUCCAUAUUUGGUAGUGAGUGGAAAUUCCAAGCGGAUGCUCCACAUGUGUACAUCCGGUGAAAUAUCUGUCUCAUUGUUCUAUCUGUGACAAUAGUCCGUUUGAAAAAGGUGUGAAGGACCUCUUUAAUUAAACAGCAUGGAUUGGACUAUUGGGAAGGAGAGAAUUCCCUCAUGUAAUAGUGAACUGCCUAAGGCCUCAAAGAAUGCCUCCGGAACCAACCUCACUAUCAAUCUGAAUGAAAUGCUCAGAUCAAAAGCUGACGUGGAAGGGAAGCGUGUUCCAAUCCGCCCACCCAACCCAAGAGCCUCUGCACCCAGGGAAUUGGGGUUUAGUCGAGGCCUUUCGUGUGAGCCCAUGCCCAAACCCAUUAUCCGAAGACGUGCACGAUCUCUGUCCUCCUCCACAGAGUGGAAGAGGCACACUCGUAAUGUUGGGGUGCGUUUUGUAGACUGUCUGGGCCUGGACCUAGAGGACGUUAAGGUUUUCAAAACCGGGGAGGAUCCCUUUGUGCCACAACAUGUCUCCUUCAGGCUUUUGAUGGGUGCAGAGCUGGCUGGGGGGAAGAACUUGGAAAUCUCGCUGCCGUAUCUGAAGCCGGUGUUCCCUCAGCAACCCGGUGAUCGACCUGAAUUCUUCAGCCGCCUGCGCCAGCAGAGAGUCUGUCUGGAGAGGGUUUUGUGCUUUGACCUGGGCAUCAUCGGGAUCACUCAGGUCCUCAACCUCCAUUUUGAGAAAGAGGUGAGCGUGCGCUAUUCUUUCACAGGAUGGAGGUGCAGCUCAGAAACCAAGGCCUCCUGGGUAUCCACCACCUGCAAGUCCUGGGAUGGAACGCAGGAGCAGCUCAAUUGUGACACCUUUCGUUUCCACCUGCCUGUUCCUCCCUUCCUGCUACCUGGAGCUGCCUUGGAAUUUGCUGUCCGAUACAAAGUGUCUGGGAAAGAGCACUGGGACAACAACGAGGGGCAAAACUAUAAGUUGGUCUGCCAUAGCUACAAACUGACUGUGCCCAAGGAGUGUGAGCAUAGCAUGGUGCACUUUAUUUGAGCUCAUUUAACAAGGAGCAUUUACUGGUUGCUCUCAUAAGUUCCAAUAAAUGAUUUGGCCAUGAGGUCAAAAACAUCAUCAGAACUGAGAGGCAGCAGUAGUGUUCAGAAAAAGACAGAUCUGGUAUAUAUGAAUAACAUGUUAUUGGAGCACUCAGCCAAUAGAGAAACACGUCAUGGUUAUCUGUGACUGUGGUGGAAGCCAUGUUUUUUAUUAAUUCAUACACAUUUAUUUUAACAGAGCACACCUAUUAGUAUUGGAGUGCAUGUUUUCAAAUGCAAAUGCACUUUAUUAUAUACAGUGCCUUCGGAAAGUAUUCAGACACCUUGACUUUUUCCACAUUUUGUUACAUUACAGCCUUAUUCUAAAAUGGACAUAAAUCUACACUCAAUGCCCCAUAAUGACAAAGCAAAAACUGUUUUUUAUCAAUUUGAGCUGGCCUCCCGGCCAAACUGAGAAAUCGUGUGAGAAGGGCCUUGGUCAGGGAGUUGACCAAGAACCCAAUGGUCACUCUGAUAGAGCUCCGAAGUUCCUCUGUGGAGAUGGUUGUACUUCUGGAAGUUUCUCCCAUCUCUGCAGCACUCUACCAAGCAGGCCUUUAUGGUAGAGUGGUCAGACGGAAGCUACUCCUUAGUAAAGACGCAUGACAGCCCUCUUGGAGUUUGCCAAAAGGCACCUAAAGAUUCUCUGGUCUGAUGAAACCAAUAUUGAACUCUUUGGCCAGAAUGCCAAGCGUCACAAUUGGAGGAAACCUGGCACCAUCCCUACUGUGAAGCGUGGUGGUGGCGGCAUCAUGCUGUGGUGAUGUUUUUCAGCCGCAGAGACUGGGAGACUAGUCAGGAUGUAGGCAAAGAUGAACGAAGCAAAGUACAGAGAGAUCCUUGAUGAAAACCUGCUCCAGAGCACUCAGGUCCUCAGACUGGGGCGAAGGUUCACCUUCCAACAGGACAAUGACCCUUAGCACACAGCCAAGACAACGCAGGAGUGGCUUUGGGAAAAGUCUCUGAAUGUCCUUGAGUGGCCAAGCCAGAGCCCGGACUUGAACCAGAUCUAACAUCUCUGGAGAGACCUGAAAUAGCUGUACAGCGACGCUCCCCAUCCAACUUGACAUAGCUUGAGAGGAUCUGCAGAGAAGAAUAGGAGAAACUCUCCAAAUACAGGUGUGCCAAGCUUGUAGUUUCAUACCCAAUAAGACUCGAGGCUGUAAUCACUGCCAAAGGUGCUUCAACAAAGGACUGAGUAAAGGGUCUGAAUACUUAUGUAAAUGUAAUAUUUCAGUUCUUCAAACCAGUUUUUGCCUUGUCAUUAUGGGGUAUUGUGUGUAGAUUGAGGGGGGGAAAACAAUUGUAUGUAUUUUAGAAUAAGGCUGUAACAAAAUGUGGAAAAGUCAAGGGGUCUGAAUACUUUCCGAAGGCACUGUAUACAGCACUUGUUCAGAUAAGACUGACACAGAGUACACAUUUCACUGUGGCAAUGUGCCUCUGGAUAAUGCACUUACUUUAUGGUUUCUACUUGUCGGAUGUUUUAAAAUAAUUUUGACUUACUCUGACUCUGGUCAUGUAACUGGUUGAGAUUAAUUUAUAACAGGAAAUAAAGAGUUGUCAUCUUCAAGAGAAGAUCAAGAGAAGAUCAGCCAAGCAUUUAAACUAUGCUACCAAGCAGCUUUUAGUUCAAAUAUUACUCAUGAUAUAAAUUGAAAAUAUUUAGCUACUAACAAAAGAAAUACACUGUUUAACUGGUCGUACUUAGAAAAGUUAAUACUAUUGUUUCUUGUUCUUUUUACAUUAAAGCACAGUUGAUGAUAGAAA